AUGCUAUUCUUCCGCGGCGGAGUUAACAGUCCGCGCCGGCGCAACCAAGAAAAAGCAAUCUUCUGUACCAUUCUUAUCAUCUACGCUCUAUACUUCCUCUUCUUCGCUGGGAGCUCCGAUCCCAAACGGUCCGAGACGUCUGCUGAGGAUGCGGUGAAGGGAGGUCCGCAUCGGGACUCGCGGUCGGGGAAGGCUUCCCCGUCCGCCUCGGCUUCGCGACAGCGUCAGGCCCUGGACAAGGAUAUGGUGGUGGCUAGUAUGAAGGGAGAUGAUGUCUCAUGGCUGUACACAUAUUUUCCCGAGUGGCAUAAAAGCAUCUACGUGGCGGACGACAAGAAAGCGCCGUUGACGGUGGCUUUGAAUAAGGGGAGGGAGUCCAUGGUGUAUCUGACAUAUAUAAUUGAUAAUUACGACAACCUUCCCGACUCAGUCCUCUUCAUCCAUUCCCAAAGAUACCAAUGGCACAACGACGACCCUUACUACGAUGGUGUGCCCGUUCUCCGCAAUUUCCAGGUCCCGUAUCUCCAGAAACAAGGGUAUGUGAAUCUGCGCUGCGCCUGGGUCCUGGGCUGCCCGGCGGAGAUUCAUCCCCUCAGCGAUACGCAUCGCAACGAUGUCCACGCAGGGGAAUACUUCAAGACUGGGUUCAUGGAACUGUUCCCGGGGGCGGAGGUCCCUGAAGAAGUGGGGGUCUCAUGUUGCGCGCAAUUCGCCGUCACACGCUGGAAGAUCCGCGAGCGGCCUAAGAGUGACUAUGUGCGAUAUAGGAAAUGGUUGACUGAGACGACGUUACCUGACGAUCUCAGCGGACGGAUAAUGGAAUACUCAUGGCACAUGAUUUUCGGCAAGGGCCCUGUGUACUGCCCGACAGCAGAAGAAUGCUACUGCAAGGUAUUUGGACUAUGCAAUUUGGAUUGUCCGACUGAGGGAGAUUGCGCUGGUCGCUAUGUUCUCCCGCCAUACUCCUCCCUUCCAAAGGGAUGGCCGUAUGUCGGCUGGAAGGGUCAGAAGCAGGACCCUAGCAAGGGACUCCCGGAGGCUUGA